AUGGAGGGUAUUGCAAGAGUUAGUUUAUCGCAACAACAACAUGGAGAAACUACAUUGCCAUUUUGGAAUAUAACCCCACAUUACAGUCAUAUUAAUUGGGAACACCCUGAUGAAGAAUUAGAUUUUUUUGGAAUGAAUGAAGCGCAAUCAUGGAAGGAAAGAGAUGCAUUAUAUGCUGGACAACUAUUUGAUACUAAAGAAGAUGUAAGAAUGGCUAUAAAACAUUAUGCCAUGAGGAAGCAUCAAACUUUUUUUGUGGUGGAGUCAAAAACAACAACAUAUGUUGUGAAGUGUGUCAAUCACAAUAGUGGAUGUCCCUGGAGAGUUCGAGCAUCAUUGCCAAAAAAUGCAGACAAGUGGAAAAUUAUAAAGUGGGGUGGUGCCCAUACGUGCGUAAAUGCUUCAAUCUCUCAAGACCACCAAAAGUUGGAUUCCAAAUUUAUUUGCUCAUGCAUUCUUGGUAUGGUAAAAGAAGAACCAUCAGUGCCUAUUUCGUUAAUUCAAGAGAGAAUUAGUGGUCAAUUUGGAUAUUCAAUUUCAUAUAAGAAGGCAUGGAAAGCAAAACAAAAAGCAAUUGUUACUGUAUUUGGUGAUUGGGACAAAUCUUAUGCUGCAUUGCCAAGGUGGCUAGAGUACAUGCAAUUACAUGCUCCUGGAUCUGUAUACAAAAUUGAAACAACUGAUUAUGUUGAAGGUCACAUCGUGGAUAAUAGAUAUCGAGUUUUUCAUCGGUUGUAUUGGUCGUUCAAGCAAUGUCAUGAAGCUUUUAACUUUUGUAAGCCUAUAAUACAGGUAGAUGGAACAUUUUUGUACGGUAAGUACCGACAAACUUUGCUAAUUGCUACGACUUAA